AUGACCCGUGCGAACCUCGGAGAGGAAGAUAUUAUGGAACCAGAAAGGAGAGUUACCCGAGGCAUGAGUAGGGACGGAGACAGGAUGGAGGAGAACGAGAGGAGAGCCUUGGAGGAACUUCGCAGAGCAAUGGGGCAGGACCUUGGAGUGGAAGAUAGUGGGGGGGGUACAGUGAACUGGGGAGAGGAAGGAACACAAGGGGUGGUGUUGGCCUUGAUGCAGAUGGUGGCGAAUAUGAACAAAGACAUGAUGGAAGAGAGAAGGCGUAGGGAAGAGUGGGAGCAGAGAAGAGAAAGGGAGACAGGAAAAGGGGCAACCUUCGGCGCAGGGUGGUGUCCAGGCGACUAUGAUGUCAACGGUGGUAAGGAGUGCGCCGCCAAACAUCGACGAGGUUCGCCGAAGAUGGCCCAGGCCGAGUUCCGAUCUGAGGGAGACAAGGAGAAAAGAGGGGAAGUGUACGGAGUGUGGUGA